CCUGCCCGGGGAAGCGCCGCUCUCUGCCGGGUCACCGGCCGGCCUGGGGUCCGCCUGCCAGUCCCGGCCUGGCUGUGUGUGGAUGUUCGUGUGGAGGCUGAGACUGACAACCAGCGCUAAUUAUCGGCAGAAAGAGGAAGAGAGAUCUGGGGACAAAGGUUCCAGCGGACCGUGUGACCGAAGCCGCCUCCCGCCGCCCGCGGCGGAGUUUCGCUUCUCCGUUAACUUUCCUCCGGCCGCUCCUGGACGCUUUGCUUCCCGGGCUGAGUGGCAGCGGAAGCGGGUAACAACCUCCGAGGAGACCCUCCGUGCUUCAACUGCAUUUAAUUUACACUUUCAAGCAGGCGGCCGAUCGGUGAGCGUCUCCGCGGUUGUUGUUGUCCCGUGUGAACAGCUGACUCGCCCCCCGGAGGCCCGGCGGGAGGAACCGGGACAUGGCGCAGCUCGACCCCGGCGUACCCCGCUCCGCCCCCGCCGCGGAGGACGUCCCAGCCACGGACUGAGCUCCUCACAGGGACAACCAUGAUAGGGUCACCGGACCUGCUGGGCCUGGCUUUCACCGGGGCGGAGGGCUUCGGGGCGGGGGAGGAGGACCGGGAGGCUCCGGGUCCCCCGGAGGAGCUCUCCGUGCCUCUGCGCCCCGCCGCCCACCCCUGGAGCUCCGCGGCCCGCUUCCACAGAGACUUCAUCCUGGUGGCCGAGUUCUCAGAGCAGGUGGGACCGAUGCCUGUGCUGACGAUCCCGGACGACCCCAAGUUCGUCGGCUCCUUCGACCUCAACCACUUCUCGGUUCGCAUCAUGUCCGUGGACUACCAGGCGUCGGGGCCCGGCCCGGCCCCUCCCUCCUCCCCCGGCCCUCAGCUCAACUUCAGCGAGGACUCCAAAGUGAUCCUGGGCGACUCGGCCGAGGACGCCUUCGCGUACGUUCACCACAUGACCCUGUACGACCUGGAGGCCAGGGGCAUGGUGCGUCCGUUCUGCAUGGCCUACGUGUGCUCCGACCAGGCCAAGCUGAUGGAGAACUACUGGGAGCUGUCCUCCUGCUUCUCCCAGGCUUCUGACAGCCUCAAGACGGGAAACAGGAAAGUCUUUUCCUUGGAGCUGCAGAAGAAACUCCAGGAGCUUGAGUUGACACGUCUGACUCUGCGACCACAGGAAGCCGACAGUCAGAGGAUGGCAAAUGGGUCCACAGAGGAGGAGCAGAAGAGCGAUGAGAUUGAAGCCAUCGAGCGCUCCAUCCUCAGCCACAGAGACCUCCUCCGCCAGGUCACCUCGUACCCCAACAGGAAGCUCAAACAGCCCGACUUCCUGCCCUACGACCCGGCCGACUCCCUCACCGACCCCGCCGCCCUGCUGCCCCUGGAUCCGUGCCCCCUCGCCCCCGCCUCCCCCUCCGCCUCCCGGCAGUCGGAGCGCAGGCUGAAGCUGCUGGAGCAGCUUUGCGACGAGUACUUCCUGUCCCUGAUGAAGAAGCAGCUGGCGGACGCGGAGCGCCGCCUGCGCGGCGACAGGAGCGUCCUGCAGACCGCCCGCGUCACGCACUCGCUCUCCAGGAGGCUGACGCUCACCAACUUCCUGUUUGAGCUGUGGAGCCCGGAGAACGUGGAGGAGGACGAGGAGGAGAGGGACGGCGUGGAGGCGGAGCCACAGACCAGCUCGCAGAAGACGCAGGGGGCAGAAACGUUGCUCCUGGAGUCGUUCUUCUCCUGCGUGGAGGAGAUCCCCAUCAAGCUGGAGGCGGAGGAGGAGGAGAGCAGGAGCCCCGAGACCGAGGCAGAGAUGACGGGGAGCGUGAGCAGCGGAGACAGCAUCGAAGUCCUCGGAACUGAGAAAUCCUACCGGACUCCAGGCUGCUGUGGACCUGACAUCAGAGAAACGCCUUUCGGGAUGUCGGACGCUCACGUGAGGCGCGCAGCAGUGGACGUGGGCAUCAGGCGCGUGCGAGCCUACGCCAAGCGAGCCAACAGCGAGGACAGCAUCGAGGUGCUCAGCACCACGGACUCCAUAUUUCCCGACGACCUGAAAGCCAUCACAGAAGAAGAAGCAGAGCACCAAAGCCUGAGUAACGGCUUGGAGCGCGGGGAGGAACUGCAGGCGGGCUGUAAAUCCGACCCUGACGAGGAAAAGUCUCUGGAAGACGAUCAUUUGGAAAAUAAGGACAGUGAUGAUGUUGAUGAUGACGGGACUGCGGAAGAAGAUCAAGACAAGUCUUUAAAUCUCAGAGUCAUUAAUGUUGGUGUCACAGUCGAAGAAGAACCCGACCUUAUGAAGAAUGAAGUCCAUGAAGACAAACGUCCAGAAAGGCCAUCCAAACUCCCUCAAGUCCCCCAGACGGUUCGAGUGGUUCCCGACCUCCUGGUGAGCUUCGCCCCCCCCCUGCCCCUCUCGGAGGAGGAGCAGUGGCCUCCGCCCCGGCCCAACCUGAGGCUGCUGAGCGUCGACGAGGGGUCGGACUGCGCCAGCUUCACCAGCGUUGCCGGCUCCUCGGACUCGUCCUCCCUCGCCCAGCACGCCCACGCGAGCGCCCGCUGCUCGGACAGGAACCGGAGGAGGAAGGCGGGGCUCAGGGCCCUGCGGUUCAUCAGGCAGAACUCGUUUUCCCAGCAUGCCGUGUUCUGCCUCCUGAGCGGCCGGCCUCUGGUGGUCAUCGGAGGAGACGAGACCUCGGUGAGGAGGAUGGUGGACGCUCUCAGCCUCUUCCUGCCGGCCCCCGGUCCCGAUGGAGGCGCCGUGAUGCCGUGUCUGACCACGCCCCUCCAGCUGACCGACCUGCUCACCUGGAGGCUGAUCGGGAUCCACAGGCCGUCCUCCAGCUCUUCCUCCACCAUCCUUCCCACCCUGAUGCGCUACAGUCGCUACCUGGCCACGCUGGACCUGGACCAGAGGACCCUGAGGGGCCCGUCGUACUCCGGCUCGCUCCUCGGCCGCCUGGCGGACCCUCACUCCCUCAUCGGCCGCGGCGUCACCUACCUGCUGCACGUGGAGAGCUGGCUGACCGCGCUGGCCAAUCAGGUGCUGCUGCACACCUUCAAACCCGCCUCAGGCGGCGAGGACGGCGCAGAGGAGGAGAACGCUCCGACGUCCUGCGAUCAGAGGGUGAUGCACUUCCUGUCUGACCUGGUCAAGCAGCGGCACGCCGGGCGCGGACCGCCGGUUUUACAGUUUUCUUACAGCCCCGUGCAGCUCCACAGAAACACUUACGUAUCUUAACCACACACUGGACGGACGAAGGAUUGUUUUUAAUACCUACAACGAAAUGCACUGAUUUCCCUCCGAUUAUAAUCUGCUGCUGUGAACGUUUUUAUUUGCUGUGUGAAAUUAUGAGUUUUUAGUUUGACUUUCUGGCCAUCAGUGCACUACUGUAGUGCCGCACCGGCACCGUCCACCUUCACACGCUGGCAGCCUUCAUGUUUUCAAUUAAAUCACAUUUAAAAGUGAACAUAAUUAAGCCACAUGAACACUGUAUGAUUCACAGGUAACGCCUAAACUCCUCGCUGCUUUUUGUCACUGUAAAUCCUUUCAGAGUGUGGGAGAUAUAAAUAAAUAUAGAUAAGUUAAAUGCUUAAUCUUCAAGUAAAUUCUGAUGCAAGAGUCACACCUAUGGUGUUAUCCUCAACUACAUUGUUUUGAAAGUGACAUUUCUUCUCCAUUACUCUUGAAUUUAUUUCUAAAAAUGUGUUUUUAGCCAAAUUAUUACCGGUUCUAUCUUCCACUGGUCACAGAAUGAUUAUAUUUUGAUUUAUAAAUGAAAUGUAUUCCUCAAUAUUGAUAUAAAAUGUUGUUGUAUAAACAAAUAAUAGUGUUACAACCAAACACAAAUUUAGAAAUGCAUCUGAUGCUUCAUUAUGCCUAACAAUCCAUUUCACGAGCAACGGUGCAAAAACAAAAGAAAAACCUGUGGAAUUAAAUAAUGAUAGAAAUACUGCCAAUUCUUUUGGUCGAUCAUUAGAUUUUCUCUUCAGCUGCUCUAUUGUUUAUAUGAGAGGCAAACGCUGGACAUUAAAUGAAGGUUUGAAUGUUGUCUUUAAUGUGUAUUUUAGUUUACUGUCAUAUGCAGUUUGGACAAGUUCUUAUUUAUAAGCAGCAGAUAUAACAGGAAAAAUGUGCAAUAAUGAUAAAGAAGUUUAAGUGAGAUUGCGAAUUGAUACUUUAUUGUAGGCAUUUUGAAGUAAAAGCUUUGAAAGGAUUUGCAUGUAAAAAAAAAAAAAAAAGGGAAACAGAAUUCCUCUAUGAAACAAUAGCUACCACUUUGGAUUUAUGAAGUCUUGAUUUUGUGUUUCUAAGGAAAAUAUAUACUUAGUAUAUAUGUAAUUUUCUGAAAUUUAAAGAAAUACUAGCUGCAAACAUUGUAGCAAGGAGUGUAACUGAUGGUAUCCAUGGCAACAGCAAGGUUACUGGUUUUUAUUAAAGCUCCAUUUAAAAAAAAAUGACCAGUGUUCUUAAAGAAAAUUAGAUCUGAGAAGAGAUGGAGCAACCCUAACCCCAGAAAAGUUAAGAUACUGCAUAAAGUUAAUAUUGAAUGCAAAUUAUUAAAAUUAACAUUGUACAUAAGGUGGUAACUGUAAGUCUGAUUGUUAUGCAGUUCACUACGUUUUGGAUUCUUCUCAUUUUCUGUACGUCCCACUGAGCUGAUUUGUCUUAUUCAAGGAUGAACUGAUCAGAGUCUGUUUGAAUCACUAAAUGAAACAAUUAGAGCUGUUAGUCGUCCUACACUCAACACUGCCUGUAAAGCCACAUUUAAAAUACAUCUCAUCAGAAAGUCACUUUUUUGUUGGUUUUACAGGCAUAAUAUCAACGAUCCUGAUGCCGUUUCUGAUUUCCAUCAUGACGCUAAAAGCGUGACUGAAGUUUAUGAGCAAUUAAUCUGAAAAUAAUGCAAGUUUUUCAAAUGAAAUGUAAUUGUUGGAAAUUAUGCACACAAAUAAGGCAGGAAUGAUAAAAAAAAACGCUCCUGUCAUCCUCAUGCUAUUCAAA